AUGGGUGAGGACUCCAUCAGCACCCUGGGCCUGAUCCUUGGCGUGGGGCUCUCGCUGCUGCUCGUGUCCGUCCUGGGCUACAGCCUGGCCAAGUGGUACCAGCGUGGGUACUGCUGGGAGGGGCCUAAUUUUGUCUUCAACUUGUAUCAGAUCCGGAACCUGAAGGAGCCGGAGGCGGGUCCACCCUUCACCAUCAGUGGCCACAUCAGCAGUUCAGAUGGCGGCUACGUGAAGUUCUCCGACAGGCUAGUCUGAUGGGGGAGUGUCAGCCUCUGGAGCCCUGGAGAGGUGAGUGAAAGGUUGGCGAGCUCCUGGGUGAAUCUCCUGUCCUGGUCGGGUCCACAGAUGGUCGAGACACCCAAGCACUGUUCGGAAACCAAGAGGUGAUUCUCUUCAUCCCUCCCCACUUCUUGAGGGGUGGGGUCUCUGGGAGGUGACCUCAGGAACUGAGGCCUAGCGUCACACUGUCCCCACCACCUGCCAACACCAGACAACUCCUUUCCACCUGUGCAUUCAACCCGUGUCCUGCCUUCCCUUCCUGGGGAGGUUCUGUUUCUAAUCAGAUGGCAGCUUCUAGAGUCAGGCUUUCUAUCUCAACUCUUUGCUCUGAGCCAAAGAUGGUCACUCUUUCCAAGAAGCAUCACUCCAGAGUGUCAUUUCUGAACUGAAUGCCUAGGAGCCAUCUCUGCUUCGUAGCUGGCUGGCCCUUGGGUCACAUCUUCCUUCUGCCUGCCUUCAAGCCCCUCCCCCUCCACAUCGCAGUUGCUUUUUCCCAUCCACCUUCUCUCUCGAGCAGUUCCUCAUGGACCCUCCCCCCCUUUUUCUCUCAGCUUCUCUUCCUGCCUGGGAAAAACCUCGCCUGAUGCAGUGAUUUAGAGGAAUUGUUUCCAAGCCUCAUCUCUUUGUUGCUCUCCCUUUGCUUUUUCUGCAGGAGGAGGCUCCUGACUCAGCACCUGCUCCUCCGGGGUCCCCGGGCUACUUUCACCCUCCUAGGUCUUCAGGGUCUGGCCUGGUCCCUUGUUGUGGACAGUGAAGAGUCACUCUGGGUGCACCUGGGAGAACCCCCAAGAGGGGUCUGGGCUCUGGAGACAGUCUGGUAGAGUAGCAGCGGCUUUCUCAUACAAACCAAAAUGGCAGGCAUUGCCUAAGAGUAAAGACUCCUUCCUAGGUGUCCCUGGGGUUCCUGAGCCUGUGGAGGGGUUCCAGGUGUCCUGGAGAACAAAGCCCUCCCAGCUCAGCCCUGUGUGACCAGGGCCUGCAGACCCAGAAGGGUGCUGUGCAUGGGGCGUCCCCAGUCACUUCCCCUUAAAGGGCUGACUCCAGAGGCCGGAAAACCAGUCAGAUCUUCAAUAGGCAAAGUCAUGUGGGAGUGGAGGUGAUUCCAGAUACUGUUUUUAACCUUCCUACCAUAAACCAACUUCCUCUAAGAGCUGAAGGCUGAGCUUGGCCUUUGCCCUGCCCUUCCCCGCUCUGUGCUCGGUUCUGGUGCUUUCAACCCUCCCGUGCCCCUGUCCGCCACCUGGGUCUGUUUUCCCUGCUGCUGACCAGCCGCCGUGCCUCCCAAAUAAUUUGGAGGUCGCUACUUAAAAUAGUCUAGAAACAUGAUCUUACUCGAUUUUCUAGGCUCCUGCAAUGGGUGGGCAUGCGUUGGCGGUGGAGAACUCUCCCUGUGUUCUGCGUUUCCUGUGCAAGGCUUGACCUGUGAUGGGGAGGGCAGACCAGAAAUGGUAGGAGUCGGGGAGGAAACCAGGCGAGGCUAAAAAAAAAACCAAAAAACCCAGCUAAUGCGCGAGGGAAGUCACGAACCAAGUGUAGGCUGAUGGACGGUAGAGCUGUCUGCCUUGGGAGUCAUUACUUGUUCCUCGGGUCUGUGCCCUGCUCGACCUGAGGUGGAGGCUGCCCUGGGGUGUCAUCUUAGGAGGCCUUUAAUGCAGAGUCGUUCAAUCCAGAGAGGCUGAGCUCCUGGGGCAGCUGUGGACAGAGCAGAGCCUGAGAGAGGCCCUGCCAGUGCUGAAACCUGAGUGAAAACAACCUGCCGACGUCCCAGGACCAAGGCCAGUAUGAUGCCGGAGCCCAGGACGGUGAUAGGCGAGGCGGAGAGAAGUCAUAUUAUUCGUCUUCCUGUCCUUGCUUCCUCAGGGCAUGGUUUCUUUCUUGCUUUGGGUUCUAGCCGAUUGAGAAAGAAGGAAGGAAGGAGACGGGGCAUUACCAGCCCCUGUGCCCUCCCUCCCUGCCGGGAUCCGGGGGCCAUUCUCUCAGCGUAGCCAAGCUCUGACUUAGUAAACCAAAUCUCUAGAUUUGGAGGUCUUCAUCUGGGCCCCAACUCUCCUGUCCCUGAGUUGGUGAGAGCCGGGCAGAGCCUUCACGGGCUUGCUAUCCCUCUCUCCCUUGAGGGCUUUAUUGGGAGAGCGGUGGGAGAGCGGUGAGGAGGUUUGGAUGGGCUGACUUUGACAUCCUUCUUGGGUUUCAGUUCUGAGGCUGGGCCCCAUUCCUGAACUCAUGGGGCGUCCAGCCUCGAAAACACUCUCGACAGUGCCCUGCUCAGCAUGGAUCCUGGUUCUGCAGCCCGUACAGGUCCCUGAAUGUGCUCAGGGCCUCAGCAACCUCAGCAACCUUGGGGAAACAUGAAAGGUUGGGGCCCGGGGCCCAGGUGGUCCUGCCCCAGGUUUGGUGGCUUCAGGUAGGGAGGCAGGAGCAGCUGCUGAGGGCUGGGAGAACGGAGGGUAUUUCCCAUCCUUGGGAGCGGAACUGAGACUAGGCUACUUCCUCUUUUAGGGUCCUCUGACGUGCUCCCUGUCCCCUCUGCCUCCUUCUUGUUUUCCUGACUUCCGCAGUCCUCUGGGCUAACACAGCUUUAGCCUUGACCCCGGGCCUCACCCAAGGAUUUGACCUGAAUUUUUUGAGAGCCCUGAAGUGGCGGCUUCCAGCGUAUUCAGGAACGAUUAGGGAACAGAUGCCUGGAAACCUGGCUACUGGUCCGGGUGGGCUGGGCACUCAGACCCGUGGCCCUGCCGGGGCCUCCCCCUCAGCCGCCUCUUCCUCUUGACGAUCCUUUCUGCUAGCCCCAAGAGCCAGGAUGCAGUCAGGAGAGCCAGCAGUUCUACGGGCUGGCCAUUCCCGGUCCCUCUGCCACCCUGUUCCUCUUUAGUGCCUUUGCCAGGGCUUCCGGAAAUGUCUUCUCCCUCCCUGCGACCCCCUCCUAGCCACAGCUAGUCUCCAGGGUUGCCCCAAGUGUCCUCUUCCCUGUGGCUUCCUUCAGGAUUCCCGGCUCAUUGUCACCCGUUAGAUCCUGAUGGGAGGUGGCCAUGUGUCCUCCAUUCGUGCUGUUCCCCAACCAGGGUGAGCCCUUUGUGGGCAGGGUUAUUGUCCCAUUAGGUCUUUAGUAACUGCCAGAAAUAGGCCACGUAGGAAGUGCUCCAGAAUACAGUAGGCACCCCCCAGCGUGGCUCCGGAGGGCUGCCUUGUCCUAGAGAAAGACGCCCAGUGACCGGAAGAGCCACACUGCUUGCACAGCACAAUGUGCAGAGAACAAAUUAUCUUCACGCGCGUCGCUGCGACUUAACCCCUGUGGCAGCCUUGUGACGUGGGGAGUCUAGUAGUGGCCGCAUAUUGCCUCUGGUGACACCGAGGCUCAGAGAGCUAGCCUGCCUUACCUGAGGCUGCACAGCUGCUGACCGUCCGGGAGCCUGAGUAGAGUUUGAGGCCUCACAGAUGGAGCCUGACCCACAGGCUUAGUGGGCUGAUGAAUGAACACUGUCGAACAGGGUCCAGCCCUGGCCUCCCCUGCCGUGCUGGGUGGGGCCACGGGCUCGUCACUUCACCAUGGAUCUGUGUCUCUGCAUCUGGAAAUCGAGGGAUCGGACUAUUUCUCUAAGGCUCUGCUCUCUUACCUGAAGGAGCAAAAGGAUCGUCUGUUUUUGCUGUUGCUUUUCUCUCUGUGUUGUGUCUAGCGUGAGACCUGGCACAUAGUAGGUGUUCAAUAAACAAAAGAUGCAAAUACAGAGUAUAUAGUUCUGAUUUUCUAACUUAGGAGGUGGGCGGUAAAACGUGACUCCUGUAGCCCCUUUAGACUCCAGUGGUCUAGGAUCCAAAAUACUACUCAGCCUCUGACCAGCAUCUAAGACUGGACCAUUCCCAACCGAAACUUCUUUAUCAGCAAACUAACGUUUGCUGAGCACCUGUGAGGGCGGGCAGGGGCUCUG